CGCACAUGCACUUUCUGGAGACAGACAACAAAUAUGUUUGGUUUUGGGAAACUAUGCAGAUUAGCUCCAUCUUGAAUGCGAAAUGAGAGGAUCGCUGAGCCUCGCUGCGCGUACAAAUGGAUAUUAUCUUCCCCCGUUCUAUUUCUAUCGUUGCGCAUUUUCGCGCUUUUUUCUCUGUGGAGGCGGUUGGAGUGUAACGGGUUUUCUUCGCGCUGAGCACCUGUUGUACGUUAGUUAGACGGAAUCAGUCACGAGUCGGUGCAACAUCCAAAACCAACAGUUGUCUCACAUGAAGGCAUAGCAGCAAUGUCACAGCUCUACUUUCGCAGAACAGAAAUCUUCUCCUACAGGGACCGGAUCCCUCUGCGGAUAGUUCGAGCCGAGUCUGAACUGUCACAGCUGGAAAAGGCCUACCUGUGUGCUGUGGAGAAAGGCGACUAUGCCAGCGUCAAACAAGCGUUGAUAGAAGCCGAGAUCUACUUCAAAAUCAACAUCAACUGCAUCGACCCUUUGGGACGGACAGCUCUGUUGAUUGCCAUUGAGAAUGAGAACCUAGAAAUUAUUGAGUUGCUGCUCAGCUUUAACGUGUACGUGGGGGAUGCGCUUUUACACGCCAUACGAAAGGAAGUGGUGGGGGCUGUGGAGCUGCUUUUGAAUCAUAAAAAGUCCAGUGGGGGCAUGCAGGUGCCUCCUAUCCUCUUGGAUAAACAGUUCUCCGAUUUUACCCCUGACAUAACACCCAUCAUCUUGGCCGCUCACACCAACAACUAUGAGAUCAUCAAGAUGCUGGUUCAGAAGGGUGUGUCCAUCCCCCAGCCCCACCAGGUGCGCUGCAACUGCAUGGAAUGCGUGUCCAGCUCAGACGUGGACAGCCUGCGACAUUCCCGAUCCCGUCUCAACAUCUACCGGGCCCUGGCCAGUCCCUCGCUCAUCGCCCUCUCCAGCGAAGACCCCUUCCUGACAGCCUUCCAGCUCAGCUGGGAGCUCCAGGAGCUCAGCAAGGUGGAGAAUGAAUUCAAGUCUGAGUAUGAAGAGCUUUCCCAGCAGUGUAAGCAGUUCGCCAAAGAUCUCCUUGACCAAACCCGCAGCUCCAGAGAGCUCGAACUGAUUCUGAACUACAGGGAUGAUAUUAAUCUCCUGGAUGAUGAAGGGAAUAAUGACCUCGCCAGGUUGAAACUGGCUAUCAAGUACCACCAGAAAGAGUUUGUAGCACAGCCAAACUGUCAGCAGCUGCUCGCAUCUCGCUGGUACGAUGAGUUCUCAGGCUGGAGACGCCGCCAUUGGGCCAGCAAGUUCAUCACCUGCAUGUUCAUCGGAUUCCUCUUCCCUUUCUUUUCGCUGCUCUACCUGAUCGCUCCCAAGAGCCAAUACGGCCUCUUCAUCCGGAAACCCUUCAUCAAGUUUAUAUGCCACACUGCUUCCUAUCUGACCUUCCUCUUUCUCCUGCUGUUGGCCUCCCAACACGCUGACCGCAAUAGCAAUCAAAAGCCCUUCGAGCAGCAUCCAGAGCCCACCACUGUGGAAUGGAUGAUCUUACCCUGGGUUUUAGGAUUUGUGUGGGCUGAGAUCAAACAAAUGUGGGACGGUGGCUUUCAGGAUUACAUUCAUGAUUGGUGGAACCUCAUGGACUUUGUCAUGAAUUCUCUGUAUCUGGCCACCAUCUCAUUGAAGUUCGUCACUUACGUUAUGCACUCUGAAAACUAUGGGCAGCGGGACUCAUGGGAGAUGUGGCACCCCACCUUGGUGGGCGAGGCCUUGUUCGCCAUUGCUAACAUAUUUAGCUCCCUACGACUGAUUUCACUCUUCACAGCCAACUCGCACCUUGGCCCCCUUCAGAUCUCUCUCGGCCGAAUGCUGCUGGACAUCCUCAAAUUCCUCUUCAUUUACUGCCUGGUGCUACUCGCAUUUGCAAAUGGACUCAAUCAACUGUAUUUCUAUUAUGAAACUGAUGGCGUAGAAAUUACUAACAAUGUCACAUGCAAGGGUAUCCGCUGCCCAGUGCAGAACAAUGCAUUCACCACGUAG